CGAGAAGAACAAAACGAGAAGGACAGGCAGGUAUUCAUUCAUUCUUAAGCAAAUAAUAAUGCUUCACUAUUGACAUUAAUGUAACAAAUCAGAUUAAAUAUUAACCAGAUGACUGUUUUGAACGGACACAGCCCAGCAGUACGUAUGCUGCUCACACCACAUGUUAGCUUUUCAGCUACGCUUUUCAGCUUUUUUUAAAAAAUGCUAUCCCUCGUAUCAGAAUCUCGGAAAAGACUUCCUGUUUGACCCAGCCUUUUUAUUCUGAGCCGAAACCCUGGGGGGGGACAGAGGCGUGGUGGCGGCAAGCGGACGAGGCCCGAGCUGCACGUUUAACUCACAGCGGCGAACUGGCAGCGCAACGGCGCAUGCGCACGGGCCGCACCGCUCCAGCCAGUAACAUCAGCCCACUGGUUCGGUUUGAGCUCCCAGCGCUGAGGCACCGAGUGAGACGCUCUGAUCGGACCCGGGUCCCCUCGUAUAGGUUCGGUUCUUAAGGAGCCCCAGACCAAAGUCACCGAAUGUGCUCGAGAUCUCACUAAAAUUGAAAAGUCCGCACUAUCUUUAAAUUAGCUCCUGAGGCCCCCAGUGCCAUGCCUGAGGGAUCCCACUCCGCUCUAUAUGAGCUUCCCAUGGGUGAAGAAUCUCCUCGGUUGUCCACGGCCUCCUCCGCCAGCAGCAAUGAGCGUGCAUCUCUUGGCGCCGUACCGGACUGCUCCGCCCCGUUCGGCACCGACCCCUCUGACGGAGAGCGCCCGGUGAGCCUGGUGUCCACCUUGUCGUCUGGCUCAUCUCGCGACGGACACAGCCUGUGCGGGAGCGCCCCGCCCCCACCCGGAGACGACGUCGACUUCGAGCUGAGCCCAGCGGGGGGCACCAAGAAGUGGCAGCAGGCAGACUCACGGGGGAUCCGCCCCGCGGAGUCCCGUCGUAACGGCAGCCAGUCAGCUGAGGCCGUCCCACACGCGUGGAUCUCCCCCUUCGCUGCCAAAGCAAUGGCCCCCAACCCCAAGCUGACAUACGUGGACCGUGUGGUGGUGGAGAUCAUCGAGACGGAGGGCAUGUACGUCAGGGACCUGCGCAGCAUCGUUCAGGAUUACUUGGCGCACAUAAUUGACAAAGCGGACCUGCCCAUUAGGCCGGAGCACGUGUGUGCCCUCUUCGGAAACAUUGAGAACAUCUACGAGUUCAACAGCGAGCUUCUGCAGUCUCUGAACCAGUGCGACAACGACCCCGUGGCCAUCGCCAGAUGCUUCGUGGACAUGAGUGAGUACUUCACGAUCUACACCCAGUACUGCACAAACUACCCCAACUCAGUCGCCGCUUUGACAGAAUGCAUGCAGAACAAGGUCCUGGCCAAGUUCUUCCGGGACCGUCAGGCCUCGCUGAAGUGCUCCCUGCCACUGGGCUCCUACCUGCUCAAGCCUGUGCAGAGGAUCCUCAAGUAUCACCUGCUGCUGCAGGAGAUCGCCAAGCACUUUGACCCCGAGGAAGAGGGCUAUGAGGUGGUGGAAGAAGCCAUCGACACCAUGACGAGGGUGGCCUGGUACAUCAACGAUAUGAAGCGCAAGCACGAGCACGCCAUCAGGCUGCAGGAGAUUCAGUCUCUGCUCAUCAACUGGAAGGGACCAGAUCUCACCACCUACGGCGAGCUGGUCCUGGAGGGCACGUUCCGGAUCCAUCGCGUUAAGAACGAGCGGACGCUCUUCCUCUUCGACAAGAUCCUCCUUAUCACUAAGAAACGGGGGGAGCACUAUGAGCACAAAAGUAACAUCUUGUGCUCUGCACUGAUGCUGAUCGAUAGCGCCAAGGACUCCCUGUGCUUCAGUGUGACGCGCUUCAAGUACCCCAAGCAGCCCCACACGGUGCAGGCCAAGACAGUGGAAGAGAAGAGGCUGUGGACCCAUCAUAUUAAGAGGCUCAUUCUGGAGAACCACCAUGCCAUCAUCCCAGAGAAGGCAAAGGAGGCCAUCCUGGAAAUGGACUCCAUAUACCCUACAAAGUACCGGUACAGCCCGGAGAGGCUUAAGAAGGCCAUGUCCUACAGUUCAGACGAAUUCCCGGGUGGAGGGCGACGAGGGCGACGCCGGUCAGAACCUGCCAAGCAGAUCAUCAAAAGCACCAAAGCCAUUCUCAAGCACGCAGACAGCGAAGGUGCCCUGCAGGCCGACAGGCGCUCACUGCAGGCCAGAGCUAGUGUCAGCACCUUGGGCUCAAGCCAAGGCGAGCCUGAGGCUGAAAGGCCUAGUGUGGAGGAUGAUGAUGAGGAGCCGGGAGUCCAGAAGGACUCUUUUGAGCGGCUCUCCCCUAGUGACAGUGAGGAACCUAGACCAGGGGCACCUCCCUGUGAAAGGGUGGCGCAGGAGGACUGGGAGAAUAACGAGGACGAUAUUCUGAUGGGGGACGACCAGGUAGCCGACUUUGCCAGCUCCAUGUUGGCCGCCAUCUCCUGCUGGCACUAUAGAGCCAAGGCUUUGCUUUUUGCUCGGUUCACAACGGAUGAAAAUGGGUGUGAGGGUACAGGGGAGGGCUCACCGAAACAAGAGUGUGGACGGGACGAACCGACUGAGGAUGGCAACCCCAAAGAGCAUCAUGCCCCUGAGGAUAAGCUGCAUCCUCAUAGUGGUGCCCCAGAGAUUGGUGUCACCGAAGACGAAAUGGAAGAUGCCUCUGAUUCUGAACCCACUGACAUGCGUGUUGCUCAUGAGAAUCCUGAAGUUGUCGCUCCUUCUGAGCAACUGCGUGAUGGAGAAGGGAUGACAGAGGGUCUGCUUGUCCCCCAGUUAGUAGAGGCCAAGUCUCUCAGCAGUGGGGAGACUACACAGGAUGAGGAUGAUGAUGAAGAAGAGGAAAUGGCCCAGGACCCGGAGCCAGCUAGGAUCCUGCCGCAGUCGGUGCUGGACCAGGCCAGCGUUAUUGCCGAGCGCUUUGUCAGUAGUCUCUCCCGGAGGGAAAGCCUCCUUGCAGAUGAAACGCGGUCUCUGAGCUGUUCCUCACCGCGGCUGAGCACCCGUAGCAGGACUGCCAGUGCCCUCAGCCUUGGUGAGACCUUUCAGGAACCUCCUACCCCUGCAGUGGAUCCCAUCUCCUCCAGUGCUGACAACUGUUUUGAGUUAGACCGAGGGUCUAUUAGGAGGCGAGACACGCUGUCUAAGCGAGACCGCCUGCUUAUUGAUAAGAUCAGGACCUACUAUGAGCAUGCGGAGGACCAGGAUGCUAACUUCAGCCUCAAGCGAAGGGAGAGUUUAUCCUACAUUCCAGUUGGACUGGUUAGGAACCUAAGUAGCCGACUCAAUAGCAUUCCCAAGGAGGAGGCAUCUGUUGCAGAGAAGAAGCCUAUUUCUAAUUCCAGGACACCCUCCUGGUCUGUAUUUGAUCUCCCAGGCUUAGAAAAUGAUCAGGGUGCAGGAGCCAAGCUUCCUGAUCCCAAUUUGGAGGUGUUCCAAAGCACCAAGCUCCCAUCUCCGAGUGUCAGUGAGAUCCCCAUUACAGAUGAUGAGUUUAGGCCUUCUUCUGAAAUGAUCAAGGUAUGGCAGGAGAUGGAGAUGGAAGUCAAUGGGGACUUAACGGAGCACCAGGAUAGCCUGAAAUCUCAGAAGAACACGAAUUCUGGGCCAUCUCUGUCCCAGAGGGGCAAGAGUGGUCCUGAGGCCAAAUACAGUGAACCACUGAUUAUUCUGGAAGAGUCUGAACUAAGCACAAUCUCAGAAGAGUCCUCUGUGGUCUCACCCAUUAAGUCCUCCAAAGAUGGAGAAGAGGGGAAACUGCAGUUAGACAGCCUGGGUGAAAGCCUUGACCCAUACGAGGAGGGGAGGGUCCCUCGAAUUCCUGUACCCAGGAUAAUUAGCCUGGGCUCAGAGUUGGAGGAGGACCUGCUUCAGCAGGACAUGGAGAAGAUGAAGAGCAAGGUGUUGCAGCUGGCCCGGCAGUACAGCCAGAGGAUAAAGAACACCAGGCCCACGGUGAGGCAACGAGGGAGGGACGCUGAGGCCCACUUCCUCAAGAAGAACCUGCCAUCUGUACAGGAAGAAAAGCUGGAUGUGGAGGACAAAGGUAAACCUACUUUGUUGCUGCCGCUGAACACCUAUGAGCAGGUCAUCCUGAGGGAGGUGCACUCCCCCAGCCCAGCCCACACCCCCAGCUCCCUGGGUAGCCCCCACAUCCUGUCACCUGGUCGCUCGAGCUCCCGGAGCCCACUGAGCCCCGUACAAGCUGAGAGCUUCCACUGGCCAGAUGUGCGUGAACUGCGGUCGCGGUACUGCCAGCGGGGCCCCAACAGCGGCCCGCCACGCCUCUCGGCCGUGAAACGCAGCUGCUCCGUGCCUGAGAAGAUGAUGGACCAUGCCUUUGAGCGGCCCCAAGGCACCUGGAGACACUUCAGCUUCUCCUCAUCCUCCAGUCCUCCUGUUGAACUCAGCCAGGUGGCCUCUGGUGGCCCCCAGGAUAUCCCGAUCUACAAGUCCCAUGCAAGCAGGGGGCCCCUGGGCAGGGGCAUUGACAAGCUCUGUAGAUCAAGGUCACUGGAUCAUAGACUGCCGAACUUACAAGAUCGAGAACUGGCCGACGGCUACUAUGUGUCCGGUCAGGCCUCGCUGCCCAAUGACCGUAAGGUCAUCGUGGUGGAGAAAGCAGAGUCAUGGGGUGGAGCAGAAAAGACGGAAAGGAAGCCAGGUGAACCAGAAGGCUAUGCCCACAAACAAUUACCGACCUCCCAGGAAGAGAUGUCGAUCAUGGAAGUCAUCGACCGCUGUAGGGCGUACCAAGAGUCAGACGAAUACCGGCAGAGGGAGGGGGGCAAGGCUGUGGCCAGCGAGCAGCUCGACGGCCCCCAUGUGUCUGUCCUAACCACAGGCAGAAAGAUGGACAACAGCCAACAGGGCUUGGUGAAGAACCUGAGAGAGAAAUUCCAGAACAUGAGCUCAAACACAUAAAACGCUUCAAAACCAUGAUGUGCAAGACCCCUGUUUUUAAAUGCAAAUAUUCCUUCCUGUCGUCUUCCAUCUCCUUUCUCUGAGGAAGUCCUUAACCUCAACUUUGAGAUGACACCACAGGAGGAUUCUAAUGCAUGAUGCUGUCAUUGGUGUUGCUUAGUAACACGGCCUCUUUGCCGGUCUGUGUUCAGAGUGACCAUUUUGCAGAAUUAGCAGACCGCAAAGUACCAGUAGUUCUGUCUGUUGAUCUGAUCUGAUCCAACCCGAUCCGAUCCGAUAUACUGUAGCCUGCUCUAUUACAGCAAUGAACUGUGCUUUUUAAAAAUGCUGUAUAUAUGCUGAAAGUCACAGCGAUAAAGAUACUGUUGGUAUUAAUGCAGUCCCUCUUUCUCCGUACUGCAUUCCACUUAACUAUAUCAACAGAUUUUACAAGUGUUGUUAGCAACUCUGCUGCAUUUUCUUCACAUUGCUAAUAGCGGUAUCGUGCUGCAGUGAUUCCGGUUCCGUUCUCCUGCGUUUCUGUACCUCUUAUAGCGUGGGACGCGAGCACCUGCAUGGCUUAUCGCCCAAUGGCGUGCUGUUGUGGCAUCGGGCUCAGAUGGACCAAAGCGGAAGUCACUCCAGUCCUAUUUACUCCAACUGCACAAACUAUUAUUAAUGCAAAGACUGGUGUGAUACGUGUCCUUUUGUACAUAUAAGCCCAGCUUGGGAUGUGACAGUCAACGUACUGUUGGUUUUCAUGUCUUAUUGGCUGUUAUCCUAAAUUGUGGUCUAUGAGGGAGCCUUGGCAAUUCUGUGUCCUUCACUGCCUCAUUUCUAUACCAUGUAAACAAAGUCAAUAUUACCAGGUCAAACCACAACUCUUUUGGUGUGUUCUACAGUCAUGAUUCUGGCAUGGAUUCCAGUGACCCAGAACGACACCAUUUAAAGCGCCACCUAUCCUCUUACUAGUCAGUGCUUGGCUCUGCACCAAGAGCUUACAGGUUGCAGUUACAAAGAGGACAUCCUUUGUACCUUUUAGUAAAGUAUCUGGCCUUAAUUAGCUUUAGCUGAUGAUCAGCCUUCUAACAAAUUGCGCGAGUCGUUUCAGGAAAUAGAAUCUGUGGGAUCAAAUGAUUAAAGGAAACUGCAUUCUUAGAUGCCCUGGAAUACUCACUUUUUAAUGCUAAAUCAAAGAAACGUAAGGAGAGUAGUUGUUACCUACUCAGCUGUUACCCACUUUGCCCUCAGCCACCUGCUUGUGCCAUGCAGGAACGCAUUAAUGACAUGCAGACCUCGCCAAAAAGGGUUUCGGUCAUUAAAUGUGGCGUCGCAGGUUGCAGGCACACCUGUUACAGCAGUGUAAGGGAAAGGUAAGCUCCCCAGUGUUAGGAAUUACCCAUCAUGCCCUGCGAACAGGAGGGGCCAGGUGUGCAACAUUGCUUUUCAUAUGAUGAUUUUUGUUAUCAGUUGAUCUCUGGGACUAAUUCUUUCUCCUAAUCAUGUAUAUUGCCAUCCACAUUAUUUAUUCAGCUGGUGUAUAUUUUCCUAUUCCAUAAUUGUCUGACUUUAUAUAAAUAUCUUUCUGUGUAUUGUAUUCUGUUAUGUAUCAGAAAGUUCAUUGUACAGAAAUGUUUUAUGUUUCCUCAAAGGGGCAUUAAUUCACUAUUAAACCAACAAUGGUUUACAGUUUA